AUGAUCUUUCUUGGCGCUUUAUUAAAUGUAUUGUUUACAAUGCGUAUUCCAUACUUAAAUAUACCAUGUAUAGUAAAUGAAACAUGUUUUCAUGGACAAUGUAUUCAUGUUGAUGAUUAUCUUAUUAAUUGGUAUGAAUUUUGUUUAUGUGAUCAUUCUUAUUCUGGUUAUGAAUGUAAUGAACAAACAAAAUUAAGUCGAACUGAUUGUUUUUUAAAAGAUGAUUUUUAUCCACAAAUAAUCGAAUGUACACGUUCAACACCAUAUGUUGAAGUUAGUUCACCAAAUUCUGUUAAACUUACAGGUAUGCGAAUUUAUCGAAUACCAUCUGAACAUUUAUCACGACGACAAACGAUUAUUGAUGGACUUAUACCAUUACAUACAAUAUCAUCACUUGCAUAUUUAACUCAUUUUAGCAAUCCAAGAUUUCAGAGAAGAAAUGAACAAAUACAUACAUCAACAAAUGAAUUUAAUUGA